CUUCGAAUUCGCUUCUCUAGUCUGCUAUGCUCGACUUCGACCUUCUACUCUACUCUACUACUGGACUCACUACACUCGACCUCGACUGAGACUUCACUCUCUACUCAGCUACGCUCGGCUUCAACUUCGCUGCUCUGCUCUGCUCCGGGGUUGGGUUGUACAGCUUCAAGGUUUUGCUCUGAUUGGGUUCUGCGUCGUGAAGGUUGGAAGCUCAGGUUCGGGUUGUGCAUUGCACGGAGGCUUUCAGACGCCCGCGCUACCAUGACCGAACGUAUGCCGAAGAGGCAAACUGAAGAUCGGUAGAAGAAAACGUAAUAGCAAUCUCUCGAUGUCCUCGGGGAGGAGUGCCAUCACCCAUCAUUCAUUGUAUGGAUGAUGACAAAAAGGACAAAGUGGGCAUGAUCAACGGUCUGCUUCUGUACUCUUAGGUAUCCGCUGUGUCGGUAGGGGUCCUAUCAUUCUCAGCAGCUUGUUUGAUGGCGCAGCUACAAGUGGGGUUGCUGCUAUUUUAGGAAACCUAGGAGUGGAUGGGUCAGACCAAGGAGCGUGAAGAUCGUUGUUGCUAUUCCCCCCCUCCUUCACCUCUUCCUCCUUCUCCUGCUGCUGCUUCUGCUGCUUGGCUUCUCCUGUCUUUUCUCCGCCUCCAGGCUCCGUUCCGUACUCCUUUGCCACCUUCGUCACCCCUCUUUCAGUGUCCUUCUCUACCCGUCUUCCCCCGAACCUAACGCACCCUAAUAAUGAAUGUAUACAAGCUAUAUUUCCGGCCAGAUACAGCCAAAAUAAGGGUGCGUUGUGUUCGGGGAAAGAUGGUAGUGUCUUUCCUCCUCUAAUCUACAUACCUUACUCACUCCCUCUCACUGUUACUACUCCUUUUCCUCCUCUUCCUCCUCUUCCUCCUCUCCCGCCUCUUCCCUUCCUCCUCUCCCACGUUCUUGCUGCUGUCGUUAUUUCUGAUAUGUCCUCUCCCCCCUUCUCUGACCCCUCUUUCAAUUUCCUCGUCUGUUGUCCUUCCUCCUUUCAUCCACCUCCCUUUCACUCCUCCUCCUCCUCCUCCUCCUCCUCCUCCUCCUCCUCCCUCUUCACUUCUCUCUUCCUGUUUCUGGUUGUCGCCGUGUCCUCCUCCUGCUGGUCAUCUCUUUCCACUGUCUUCUGUUCAUCUUGUUCUCUAGCCCCCUCCUGUGUUCUCCUUUCUCCUCGUCUCCCGUUUCCCUUCUCUCUCAUUCUCCUCUCCUAGUGUGUUUUCUUCUUUCACACUCCACCUUUUCACUCCACUUGAUUCCUCCUGCUCCCUGCUGCCGCUGCUUGUCUUGCUUUCUUUUGUUGUGUGUAUGCUCUACUUUUCUUCUUUUUUAAGGGGGGCUUCGUUACCAGCAUGCUUUUUCAGGUCGCAGGGGGUGGGAGCCGCCCCACUUUCUUCGAAAUGGUAGCUGCUGAUCAGCUUCCCGUUAGCAUCAAGCACGGUCUGUUCUAUGCUUUGGAGGUGUUUGCCCCUCGACACCCAUUCCUGUACAGAUUGUUGGAUUACCGUAACGAGGCGUUUGCACUGCUAAUGUUGCUUUUCGAAGGACAGUGUCUACACACUCACAAUGCCUCCUUUUCCGAGAAUUUGUAUGGCUUGAGACGUCAGUCCACCAGAAUACCUCCCACCUCAGCCAUGUCAGCUAUGGCCGUCUCUUCUCCCUCUUUGCAGCAUGAUGCUCAUCAUCAUCAGCAGCAGCACAAACAUCGUUCUCCUGCAUCUCACCCGCCAAGCAUGUCGAUGUCUGCAUCUGGGUAUACAGCUAACAAAGGCCGUCUGGAAAACAAUCCGUCUACAUCUGGGAAACACUGGCAGCCACACGGCGAGGGAGGUGGUGGUAGUCUGACGCGACAGCAGCGCAUUUUGGCUCUCGUCUUCCUGGUCGGAAUCCCAUACCUCAAGGCGAAAGCCCAACAGUACCAUGCUCUUCGGCGGUCGCGAUUGCUGCGGUCCAUGCUUCUCGAUGGAGGGAGCGAUUCGGAGGCGGCGGCAAUUGGGGUGGAGGAGGAUCGUGAUGGUGAUGAUGAUGACGGCGAAGAAGAAGAAGACGAUGAUGAUGAUGAUGAUGAGGAUGAGGAUGAUGAGACAGAGUCCGAGAUCGAGAGAAGUGCUACAUCGGAGGAAGAUAGUUUGAGUAAUGGGUCUUUCAACAACGAGGAGGUUAUCGGGGGAGGUGACUCAGGCGUUUGGGGGAGAAGAAGAGGAGGACGACGAAGAGGGAGAGGGCCUGGCAACAGCAGCACUGGCAGAAGCAGCAGGAGCAGAAAUGUCCUUCGAGUUGUUGCUGUGAGACUGAGGAGGGCAAUCAAGUCUAUUUUAGGAAGAGUUUAUCCAGCAGUUCAUGUGUGCACAGAAAGUUUGUGUUUUGGGUAUGUUGUCUGCUACAUCCUGGAGAUGACGCGGUAUUACUCACCGUGGCUCCAUUUGCAAGGGGUGGUAGUGAGACGAAUCACAGGGGAAGAGAUGGAUGCAGCAGCAGCCGGGAACAGGUCGAGAGCUAUGGCAGCUGAUGAUCGUGUUGUUCGAACAUCGCACGCUAGCAGUAGUGUUAGGAUUUGGUCAAACUUGAGUCUUGCUGCAAUUAGGAAGAUGAUAUCGAGGCUUAUCCUUGCUACUCUUGAUUACGCUCAGACGGGUUUGAUUGGCGCCGUAUUUGCCUUCAAGGUGCUCGAGUGGUGGUAUCGUACAGCGGAGCAGAACAUGGCAGUUCCGAAGGUGUUUCCCCCGCCACCACCUCCACCUCCUCCCAGGAAGUUUGCCGGUGGGCAAGAGGAGGCGGAGAGCGUAGGAUUACCAGAAGAUCGGCAGCUGUGUCCUCUCUGCAUGCAGAUGAGGACUAAUCCAACGCUUGUGCCUUCUUCUGGGUUCGUCUUCUGUUACCCGUGCAUCUAUAGAUAUGUCUCUCAACACUGCAGGUGCCCUGUAACCUUCAUGCCGGCUACUAUUGAAGAGUUACGGCGGCUCUACCAUGCUUCGUAAUUCGUCUUGUUGUCGAUCAAUAAUAAAUUCCAGGAAAGCUGACCGAAUCCACUUUUCGAUUCAUAGUCGGCGGCUCCAGUGAGUCCCAAUCUAUGUCUGUGCUCAACAAAAAUCUAUCCAAUCA